UCCAUCACCUUCGCUCACCACCAUCUCCUUGAUUUUAAUCUCUCUUCUUAGCUUUAUCACCUUCAACUAUCUCUCUUUGAUCCCCUCUUUCUACUUCAAAGGUUUUCCUAAGUUCUAAGAACUUCCUCUAUGUAUUACACUUUUGUGUUGCAGUUAGCUAAAUCCUUUGAAUGAUGUGUUUGCAUGCAGGAAAAUAUGAGUAGGCCGGGUGACUGGAACUGCAGGUCAUGCCAACACCUGAACUUCCAGAGACGUGACUCGUGCCAGCGGUGCGGGGACUCGAGGUUUGGAGGUGACUUUGGAGGUUAUGGUGGGCGAGGUGGGUCAUCAUUUGGGUUCCCUGGGAUUGGUUCAGACGUUCGUCCAGGUGAUUGGUACUGCACUGCCGGAAACUGCGGUGCUCACAACUUUGCUAACCGCUCAAGUUGCUUCAAAUGUGGCGUUUACAAGGAUGAUUCUGCUGGAGGAUUUGACUCUGACAUUCCUCGCUCUAGAGGUUUUGGCAGUGGCAGCAAUCCUUCUGGAUGGAAAUCUGGAGAUUGGAUCUGUACCAGGUGGGAAUGCAAUGAACACAAUUUUGCAAGCAGAAUGGAGUGUUUCAAAUGCAAUGCUCCUAGAGACCUCAGUAACAGAACUUCAUACUAGACAUGUUUUCUCCAUUACUGGGUAUGAAAUACUUAAUUAACAGGUAUUGCAGCACAAGAGUGAGAAUAUUAAUUGAAGAAAAUUACUAGUAUUUGUUUUGGGUGUUAGGGUUCUUGAGAUGUAAACAAGGUUUAAAACCAUCAUUGUAGUUGUGGUGCUUUGAACAAUUACAUCCUUUUGUAGCCAUGUGGGGAAAGAAAGAAAUCUACUACCCAAUAUUUCCCUUUCGUUUUUAAACUUUAUUUUCAUUGUAAUGGUUUAUGGUUUUCUCAAAAGAAUAUGAUUCUCCUCUUCUUUUCA